CCAGAGGAGGAGUGCCGGGUCGGUGGGGCCUGAAGACACCAAGGUGAGAGGUAAAGUACGGAGCCGGUUAAGAUAGCAACGAAGCGAAGAAAGAGAUUUGGAUUUCAGUUAAGUUCCUUAUGACUUCGCCUGAAAUUUCUUCCCUUUCAUGGGGGCAAAUGAAAGUUCAAGGUUCUUCUAAAACUUAUAAGGACUGCAAAGUGUGGCCAGGAGGCAGUCGGGCUUGGGAUUGGAGAGAAACAGGAACUGAGCAUUCUCCUGGUGUGCAGCCAGCAGAUGUGGAGGAAGUUGUCAAGCAGGGCGUGCAGACCCUUGUGAUUGGCCGAGGGAUGAGUGAGGCCUUGAAGGUGUCUCCAUCAACUGUGGAAUACCUCAGGAAACAAGGCAUUGAUGUCCGGGUCCUCCAGACAGAGCAGGCAGUGAAGGAGUACAAUGCCCUGGUUGCCCAAGGGGUCAGGGUGGGAGGAGUCUUCCAUUCUACCUGCUGAUGGAGCCUUAAGGAGAGAAUAAAUCACUAAGCAACAGUG